AGAGCUCUGCUGACAGUGGUCAAGGUGUAUCAAGCCAAGAAAUAAUUCUGGGCACUCAGCUUCAUGAUUGACACCAGCUUUAGUUAGAGAGAGUGAAUUUACAAGUAUGUUAGAGACAGCUCACAUGACAAAGAAGGCAAAGAAUCUUCUCCGACAGUCCUACAUAAAAUUACUCUGUUCCUCUCCUACAAAAUCCCACAAUGCAUUCCUUAAUUUGGCCUCACAGCGAUGUCAACAUACGAAGGUUUCGGUGAAGGAGGCGCGGGGUGUGAUGAGGGCGUGGCAGAUUCGGAGGUACGGGGGUAACGAUGAACUGACGUGGUCCGAGUCAGUCAGGGUCCCUCGCAUCAUUCACCCGGAUGACGUUCUUGUCAACGUAAACGCUGCUAGUCUAAACAUGCUGGACAUCAGAAUGAGAGGAGGAUAUGGACACGCGAUGUUGAAUGCUGUAAGGAAUAAAGAUCGUCUUCAUGCCCCUCAGUCAGAAUUUCCUCUGAUUCUUGGGAGAGAUUUCUCAGGGACGGUUCUAAAAACAGGAAUGAGAGUCAAGAAGUUUAAAGUAGGGGACAAGAUAUGGGGCACAGUUUCCCCUUUUAGACAGGGAUCACAUGCAGAGUUGAUGGUGACAUCAGAAUCUCAUAUAUCUCUGCGACCACAGAACCUGAGUGAUAUAGAGGCUGCCUCACUUCCAUACGUGGUUUCCACGGUGAUGACAGCCCUCUGUGAUGUAGGAGAACUAAAAGAUAAUAACACAGCCAAUAAGAGAGUGUUGAUCUAUGGUGGUUCAGGAGGAAUAGGGACUUUUGCAAUUCAGCUGAUGAAGGCUUGGGGAGCUAUCGUCACGACAACAUGUUCCACUGAUGCUGUUCCCUUGGUUACCUCCCUGGGAGCUGAUCAUGUGAUCGAUUACAAAACACAGAAUGUUCAGCAGGAACUGAUGAGCAUGAAAGGGUAUGAUGUCAUCUUAGACAUCCAUGGAGGGGUAGACUUUUCCUUUGACCUACUGAAGAAGUGGAACAAUUCUAAGUUUGUUACGAUAAAGACUCCGUUUCUACAGAAUACUGAUGAGUAUGGAAUCCUGCCAGGACUUCUGAGGUCCGGUGCUAACCUGACAGCCAACGUGUUACAGGGAUUUAAAGAGGGCAGAAGUUACAGAUGGGCCAUGUUCAAACCCAGCAGAAAACAUCUAGAGACUGUUAAACACCUGGUGGAGAGAGAAGAGAUUAAACCAGUUAUAGACAAAGUGUUUCCAUUUGAGGAGGCGGACAAAGCUUAUGAGAAACUGGAGGAGGGACACGCCCGAGGAAAAAUUGUCAUCGACAUGUCUCAGUGAUUCUUAUGUUAAAAAAAAUCACAUUUUGAGGAAACUGACAUUAUUAAGAAUGUUUCAGUGAUUUUUAAUGUUAAAUAUGAUUAAAAAAGACACAUUGGUAUUUAGAGGAAAUUAACAUCAACAUAUUUCAGUGAUUCUGUAACAACAUUGUAUAUAUAGACAUAAGGAAGAAAAUUGCUAGCAACAGUUGUCUGACAUAAACAUUGUUGUCUUUCUUUUAAAUGGCAAUGUGACAGAAUAAUGAUUGCUUCCAUGUGUUCUGUCCAACUUCCCUGUUAUUGUUGUAGUUACAAUUUAGUACACUUGUACUAAACAGGGGUAAUUAAUUUAUUUUCUAACUUCUUGUAACUUGUAUUUUCUUUUUUUUUUUAGAAAUG